AUGGUCGAUAAAAACUUUAUACUUUCUCUUCUCGGUUGUGCCAAUCUUAUUGAAUUAACAUUAUUAAUUGGUGGUUUUAUUGCUAUAUGUGUAGCAUCAACAAGUUAUACUCAAAUUAUAAAUUCUUAUCCUAACUUGAUUCAACACAAUACAACUCAGACAAAUAAUGCUGAUUUAACUAUAUUUUAUGAUAUUGAUGUUUAUACAAUCAAACAAGCUUAUCAAACUAUAUUUAUUCUUAUAUUUUGUUUAACAUUAUGUUCAUUUGUUGCACAUAUUAUAUUUAGUUUUCGUUAUCGAUAUUCAUGGCAUCGACUAUCGAUCGGCGUAGCAUUCUUAUGUGUUAUCUAUGCAUUUGCUUUAGUUGGUGUGUCAGUUCUAGUUGCUUGUUGGGAAGAUAAAUUACGAAAACGAUUAACUAGUACAUAUUUAAGUAAUCAAGUUAUUUCAACAGCAAAUAAUUCUAUAAAACCACAGACUGGUUCAGCAGCAGCUGCAGCUACAUUCGGAUUUGCUGCAUGUCUUAUAUAUCUUGCAGAAGCAUUAAUACGAUUUCGGCGUUUAGCCGAUAAGAUUCAAACAUAA